GCCAGGCGGCCGCCGCCACCGAGCCAUGGCUAGCACGCAGCUUCCCGGUGCGGAGCCGGAGUCGGGAGGGGAGCGUGGUGGCAGCGGGCAGGAGCGGACGGAGGCUAUCGAGGAGCGAGAUGCGGCAGCACAGGAUACGGAGCCUGCCGAGCUGUCAGGCGGGGCCGCGGCUCUGCUGGGGGACACGGGUCUGGCUGUGGGCUGCUGCAUCGCGGCGGUGCUGAGCUGGGAGCGUCCCCUCCAUAGCCUGGGCGGCUUCGUCUGCGCCAACCUGCUCUUCUGGUUUGUUGCACUGACCACUUGCAGAGUGUAUCAUCUGAUUUCUCUCAUAAUGCUUGGAGUGCUAGUUCUUCAGAUAAUAAAGGAUUUGAUAUUCUCAAGGAAAAAAGGUGCGCAGCUUUGGAGGAUCAUCACAGGCAACUGGAAAGUCUCCAAUUCCAGGCAAGACUACAGACCCAGGAUAAAUCAGUGCAUUUCAGAAGCACUGAUGAAUUUAUUUGUAUUUCUUCAAGAAAUGUCCCACUUCAAGGAACAAAACCCUGGCAAGUUUUGCCUACUGGUCUGCAGUGUAUGUACAUUUUUCACUGUCUUGGGAAGUUACAUUCCUGGAGUUGUCCUCUCCUAUGUCCUGCUAUUGUGUGCCUUUUUAUGUCCCUUCCUUAAGUGCAAUGAAUUUGGACAGAAAGUAUACAACAAAAUUAAGACUGUUCUGACGAAACUAGAUUUUGGAAUAGUGGAAUAUAUCCACCAGAAGAAAAAAGAGAGAUCUGAAACAGCAAAAACAAAACCCACAGAAGAUGACAGUGAAUUAGACAUAUCAGCUCUGUGUCCUAAGGUUAAUCCUGCAGUUGUUGCCAAAGAGCUGUCAGUGUCUGACACAGAUGUAUCAGAAGUAUCUUGGACCGAUAACGGAACCUUUAACUUAUCUGAAGGGUAUUCUCCACAGACAGACACAUCUGAUGAUUUUGACCGACCUAGUGAUCAUGAAGAAGCAUUUGCUAGAGAUCUUUCAGAAUUUCCUUCUUUAGAGAAUGGUGCUGGAACAAAUGACGAGGAUGACUCCAGCAUCGGUAUGCCCAUCCAGCAGAAACAAAAAAAGGAACACAUGUACUUCAAGGUGGAUUCUGCUUCCAGACAGAGUAAAGAGAGACCAUCCACUACAGGGCUCUCCUUGCCUUUGACCAGUGACCAAACCUUUAAUUUAAUGAGUGGAAUUGCUGGGGAUGUCAUCGCAGCUGCGGUGUCUGCUGCCAUCAAAGACCAGCUGCAGUCUGCACAGCAAGCUCCCUCACAUGCAGCGCCCAGUUUGAGUGAGGAGACAGACACAGAGGAAGCUGAUGAUUUUGAACUUCUUGACCAGUCUGAGCUUGAGCAGAUUGAGAAAGAGUUGGGACUUUCACAAGGCCAAGAAGCAGAAUCACAGGAAAAGAAGAAGUCUUCAGGCUUCCUUUCAAAUCUGCUUGGAAAUCAUUAACCUGAAAUCACAGCUGGUAACGUAGAAGAAAUUAAAAAUAAAACACACACAAAAAAAUCAAAUGCAAAAAAAAAAAUAAAGGAAAAUUCUGAGCUGUAAGCUUUAACUAUCCCUUUAGAUGUGUUGUAAUAAUAAUUUCUCUUACGCAGAGUGAAUUAACUGGAUAAAUUUCAGCUGAUACUGAUAGUUUAAUGUUUCUGGUAGUUAUACUUCGAUGUAAUAGCAUGGAAAUGAAUUAUCUAUCCACUGUUUGGUUGCAGAUAAGUGUUGGAUGUCAGUUUUUCAAAAGAGUUGGGGGAGAGGAUUUUUAUAUCUUUUUGCCAACCGUGUAUUUUGGUAUCCUGAGCCAAAUUUUCCACAUUGGGCGGUUUAUUUGCCCUGGAUUGUCAACCAUGUAAUACAAUUAAUGAUUCACACAGUGAGGUUACUUUAUCAGAGAAUUGCCAUGAGAUUGAACUAAAUCUCACCUCUUUCAAUCAUACCGAAAAGUAUAAACCCCUGCAGUUAGCAUUAUGUAUGGUACAUCUAAUACAGAUGAAACACAUUAACCAACACAACUCUGUUUUAAAUACGUGUGCAACACUAUCAAAGAACUUGAUUACAUUCUGAAAACCUUUAAAUUAUUUUGGAUAUGGUGAUGCAUUUCCAAGGGUUUUUUGUGUUUUAGGCUUGUAGAGUUGUAAAGUGGUAUGGUGUUCAACUGACUAUCUGCUGCAUUCCUUGAUAGAGUCUGGUCCUUGGCAGUAUUGCCCAUGUAAAGUCAGCCAGAUUUUUUAAUUAAAAAUGUAGUAUAAUGUAAACCAAACCACAUUUUGGUUGGGAGCAGGUGAGGAGAGGAAUUGUUUGGAAUAUAAAUUAGAGAUUUAAAAAAAAAAGGCAUUUUUAGGUGCCACUUCCUUAAUUCCAGAUUCUGUGGGGUUCAUUUGUUUCCCCAGGAUAGCUGCCAUUACUUGCAACAAAAGUUGUGUUGCAAGAUGAAUAUUUUAAAAUUGUAUUUUAAGAAUUUAUUAAGAAAGCAUUUGGUGAGGUUAUUUGGUAUGAAAGACACUCAGAAUCUUCUUCUUGGCAUGUAAUUUAAACAGACAAGACCUUGUUGAAAUUCUUUGCCAGUUUAAACUCCAUGCAUGCUGAGUGAAUGGCCUAGGAACUUAAGAAGGUAACUUAACUUUUUCUAGGGCUUUUUUUUUUGUUCAUCUGUGAUGAAAUUGAAUUGCAAUACCAAGAAAUAGUAAUCAAAGAAAUAGUAAGAAGUAAAGCUAUUGUUUUUAAUGUGAUGUAAGCCAUUAACAAAGUUGAGGGACCAUGUCAGCUGCUACUACUACUGAAGUGAUUUUCCAUUUGCUGGCAUUUGAAGAGGUGAAUACCGUCAUUUAGGACCCUCAGAAAGUACAGCAACAGAUGAUAAAAUUCUUUCACUAACAUAUAUGUGUAGGCAGACCUGUGUUUAAAGUUAACUCCAUUUUAUUUUAUUUUGAGGUGAAAAACAGGCAGAUGGCCAAAAAGAGUGUAGUGAAACGGAAAAUGCUGAGAAUUUUUGACACUAGCUUUAUUGUUGCUUGUGCAUUCGUGUCAGUAAUGCAUAUUGACCGUGUUUGCUGUCCUUUGCCAGUCAAAAAAGUGAGCCUGUGCCUUCCUUAUCAAAUCCAUUAUGAACUAAGUGGAUGCUGGAUACAGAUCCAAGAUGCAGCUUUUGAAAUUACAUCAUCUUGACAUUAAAAGCAAGUUUCUGGAAAUGAUUGAAAAAACAUGGCCAUGUCACUUCCACAGCAUUGGUUGCAAAGUUUCUUUUUUAGCUUCCCCCCGACUGUCCUUCCCAUUUGAAAAAAAAGAAACCAAACAAGCAAAAGUAAGCUUUUCCUGGGAAAUCUGUAAAUUUAAAGGCCAUUUAAAUUUCUCAGAUGAGUUAAAAUGCUUAUUUCUUGCUGCAUGGUUAGGACAAUCAGAAGAGUUCAACUUCCAAGUUGCUGGUGAAACUUUGUAGGACACCCAAACAACUGUGUGCUUCCUCAUACAGGAGUAUACUGGUGCCAGGAGGGAAACAGGCUACAGCACAGGGAGUGGUGGAAGGGAGGGAACGGAGCCUAGCCUAGCCUAGCUUUUCUGGGAUGGAUUGAUGGGAUGGACAAGCUGGCUGUCAGUGAUGGCAUUAUAACAGCAUGCACUUUAUUGUUUUAUGAGGAAUACUUGUGGUCAUAAAAAUACGUAAUGCAGGGGCACUCUUCUAGGGUAAUAGUUUAGAUCAAGAAGGAAAAGCAGUUGGAGGAAUUUCUUGGACUUUUUGUAAAUGAUCCAUUUUCUGGUUUCAAGAUAGAAGAUAGAUUUUUUUUCUCUGGUAUGGGUCUUUUUUUCAGAAAGAAAAACAAAGCAAAACUUGAACAAGCAAUCAUUAAAGUUUAGGGGCAUAAUUUUGAAAUAGAUUUGAAUAUCUUUAGAAUUUUAUUUUUCUCAUGGUAGUCAAAUCCAUUUAAGUCCCUAAAUACUGUGUAAUGGGAAAGAGCUAUUACUGUAACAUUUAGUAUUCUUCCUCAGAUAGUGGAAGGGUGUUUAACAUUCUGCAGGAAAUCACCUCUUUUCUCCCAAAGAAGCACACAUAAGAAAUAUUUUGCUUGGACACGAUACAUUCCAAUGACAGCAGUCUGACAGCAAAAACCACAAAAUAUUUCUCUCCUUUCUGAGAUCCAUUGCACACUGCCCAGUUGGAAAUCCCUCAAGAAACCUUCACCUUGCUGUAUGCUAGCAGCUGCCACAAAAUGGCAGUUACUUCAAAGCCCCUGUCACAACGGUCCACAGUAUCUUUCCUACCAAGCACUGUCAUCAACCUUCUCAUCUUCCAAAACUGAAUACACAGGCAAGAAGAAAGGCAAGCAAGCUUUGAAAUGUGCAUCUGUUCCAUGGAAAGCCUGCUGGUGUGCCAUUUCCAGUCAAAAGGCAGCACAGGCAGCAAGAGGGCAUAGGUCAGGGUGUGGACAUAUGAGCAUGGGGUAACAGAGUAUGAUCUUGCUGUGGAAUCAGUACUGCUUGUGUUGCCUGCUGUGCCCUCCCGUAGCAGUAAACGGAGGAAGCCAUGUGUUUCUGCAGUAGUGGGGUUGAAGUGCUCCCCCUCCCUUGCCGUGCAGUGGCUUCCUCACACACCCCUACUGUGUGUGUCAGGAGUGUGUGUCUGUGGGAUGCAGUUCAGUCCUUCGUACUCAUGAAAUUUCCCCUUGUGUUCGUAAGUCCGAGUGACAGAGGGAUCACCAUUUGGCCAGUGGGUGGCUUUCAUUGUGCCAAAUCCAGCAUAAAAGCACCAAUUUUCGGCACACAUGGCUUUCUGUGUGUAUGUACUACACAACUACUUACUGUUCUUCAGUUUGUUCAGGGAAAAAAAAACAUAUUCCAUGCAGAGGAGGGAAACUCAUGCUAACCCAAAGUAAUAGGAUCUGAAGAAAUACUCGCUUUACUUGGGUUUUGUUCGUUUUGCACUUUUUCCAGGCUGUCUAAGCCUUCUGAACAAUUUCCCCGUAGUCUCCUUGUCUGUUCUCAGCAUAUGAGCAGCGUCAACAGUCUGUGAGUAACACCUGUCCAGGUAACCAGAAACUGGAAAAUUACAAAAAUGUCUUUAUUUAAAGUAUUUUGCAGCACUUUACAUAGCCUGAUUACUAUUUUGUAAACAUGGAAUUAUUAUAUUGAUUGUUUGUAAAACCAUUUAAUAAAUAUGUGUUAGUUUUUAUCUUUCA